ACUGUUUUGGUGGUAGGACUUCCGGCGACAGAGCGGACUUCUCCGGGAAAGCGGGGGAGCCUGGGACUUCCGGCCAGUAUUCUUACGUGUUCUGAGCGGCCAGUGGCUGUGUGGAAAUGGCUUGCGCCGCUGCACGGUCUCCAGCCGACCAAGACAGGUUUAUUUGUAUCUACCCUGCUUAUUUAAAUAAUAAGAAAACCAUCGCAGAGGGGAGGCGGAUCCCAAUAAGUAAGGCUGUUGAAAAUCCUACAGCUACAGAGAUUCAAGAUGUAUGCUCAGCAGUUGGACUCAAUGCAUUUAUUGAGAAAAAUAAAAUGUACUCUAGGGAAUGGAAUCGUGAUGUUCAAUACAGAGGCAGAGUCCGGGUCCAGCUCAAGCAGGAAGACGGCAGCCUCUGUCUGGGACAAUUCCCAUCGCGAAAGUCAGUGAUGUUGUAUGCAGCAGAAAUGAUACCUAAACUAAAAACAAGAACACAGAAAACAGGAGGUGGUGACCCAAAUCUUCAGCAAGGAGAGGGAAGUAAAAAAGGAAAAGGGAAGAAGAAGAAGUGAUCCACACGAGCAUCAAGGGUGUAACCCCACUGUGGGAGGCAGUGGAGGCGGCCUUGCGGCUGAGGGAAACAGCUCUGCCUUUGCGUCAGUCACCUGAACUCCGAACUUUGUGCCUGGCAUCCUCGUGUGGGAGUCAACAGUGAAAUGAGUACAUCACCUGCAGCACAGUGGGGAUACGCAUGUAGCUUUUGUGCAGUAUAAAAGAAAAAAAUUUUUCAAUGAGUUUUUGUGGAAAAAUAUUUUUAAAUGGACAGUGGACUAUUCCAGAAGUUGAUGGAAAUCUGCCCUUCGUGUAAGCAUUUAUUUCAGAUUAAUAAGUUUGAAAAGCAUAUUUUGUUCACCUUUUAAGUUAAUAAAAUAAACUUGUGAACUGC